AUGGAGAACUAUCAGAAGAUUGAAAAGGUCGGCGAAGUUUGGCUACCAGGCACAUAUGGCGUUGUAUACAAGGCUCGAGACCUCUCCAAUGGCGGCCGAAUCGUUGCCCUCAAGAAGAUCCGUCUGGAGGCUGAAGACGAAGGUGUCCCCAGCACUGCAAUCCGCGAAAUUUCUCUGUUGAAAGAAAUGAACGACCCCAACAUUGUGCGUUUACUGAAUAUCGUUCACGCCGACGGCCACAAGCUCUACCUAGUCUGCGAGUUCCUUGACCUGGAUUUGAAAAAGUACAUGGAGGCAUUACCAGUAUCAGAGGGUGGACGAGGCAAGGCCUUGCCAGAAGGCUCCAACUUGGACAUGCAGAGACUCGGGUUGGGCAAGGAUAUGGUCAAGAAAUUCAUGGCACAACUCGUUGAAGGCGUCCGAUACUGUCACAGCCAUCGUGUCUUGCACCGAGACCUUAAACCUCAAAACCUUUUGAUCGACCGCGAGGGCAAUCUCAAGCUGGCUGAUUUCGGUCUUGCAAGAGCCUUUGGUGUGCCCCUGAGAACAUACACUCAUGAAGUUGUGACACUAUGGUAUCGCGCCCCAGAGAUUCUUCUCGGUGGACGACAAUACUCGACCGGUGUAGACAUGUGGUCCGUCGGCGCUAUCUUCGCUGAAAUGUGUACCCGCAAGCCUCUAUUCCCCGGCGACUCUGAAAUCGAUGAGAUCUUCAAGAUCUUCAAACUGCUCGGCACUCCGGACGAAACCACUUGGCCAGGUGUCACAUCUUUUCCCGACUUCAAAACUUCCUUUCCCAAGUGGCGCCGGGAACCAACCUCUAAAUUCGUCCCUAACCUGGAGCCUGCCGGUCUUGAAUUGCUAGAUGCGAUGCUCGAGUACGACCCUGCACAUCGUAUUUCGGCUAAGGCGGCAUGUAAUCACCCAUACUUUGCGGCCGGCUCGGCUGCCUACUCCCAGCGCGGGCCUGGCGUGACCAGAACAAAUGGAUAUCAUUGA